GGCGAUAGGGGGGACAGACAGCGUGGGCGAUUUAGUCACCGGUUCGCCGACGUGUCAAACAUGGAAGCGAACCUAUCUUCGCCGUCAUGGUCCACGGAGAAUGACUCUUACGAUGUGCUGUCCUUAUCACCGCAAAUAUGGCCACUGCGGUGGGUGGGGAGACAGGUCCGGAGAGGUCCUGUUACUGGACCUGGACGGAGAACGGUGAACCUACGAUGCCCUCUUUCAAGUUCUCAACCCGACCUCUUCCGUUGAAAGCGAGCCCGAAUGGAUCGGAGACAAGAGUUGCCAACUGCCAAGCUGUCCCGAACUCUUUUGUCGAAACUCGUCGAUUAAGCUGCAAUGGUUCCCGCUUUGCGCAAUCCGAACAACUCUUUUUCUCCACCGCCCACCUAUCCGGCUCCCGCGUGACAGCUUGCUGGAGUUCGCUGCGGCCCUGCGGCCCUUUGCGAGUCUUGGCUCUCCCUCACUCCCACCCUCCCCGCCGGAUAUGCUUUUGCCCCAGAUCUUGGGUUUCAGCGCACGACUCGCGACCAGAAGUGCUUUUCUCUCCAGUGACGAAGGCUCCCGGCUCUCCCAGAGUCCCCUUUUUUUGUCGUAAUUUAGAGUAAUCGGUACGGAGUACACUCUUUUUUAGCAUCGAUUCGUACGGAGUCCGCGAUAGUCUAUCGUUAUUUCGUAAGGCGACCCAGAUUUUGAGAGCUGCCCGGUUUACCGAGGCACGGCGGACGCGGCUCCUCCCCAGUCAAUGUAGGCGCGCGUACGUAGGCGCAGGCGCAGCAGGGAAGCAACUCAGCCAGCCAGCAUUCGGCAGCAGCAGGAAAAAAAAAACGUCGACAUCUAGAGUAUGUCGG